AUGUCUGGCUGGGCUGCUUAUAUCAAGAAUCUACUUGAUUCAAGUCAAGGUAUACAACGAGCUGCUAUUGUUGGUUAUCCAGAUGGUUCUGUAUGGGCAAGGUCUGAGGGUGAUCGUGAGUUCCGGGCAACAGACGAGGAGUUAAAAAAAUUUGUCACUUUAUAUGAUCAUAUUGAAAAAGUGCCAGCUGUUGGUUGCGAUUUGGAAGGCGUGCAUUACAUAGUGCCACGAACGGAACAGAAUCUCAUUUUUGGUAAACGCGAUAAAACUGGGAUAUUUGCAGCUAAAACUAAAUCAGCUGUGCUAAUUGCUUGCUAUAAGGGGGAAAAUGCAGCGGAAGUACGUGUAGCAGUUGAGAAACUUGCACAAUAUUUAAUGGAUUCUGGAUACUGA